AUGUUUCGUCGCACAUUCUGGCGUUUUAAUCCGGAUAGUCGAGAGAACAUCAUCCGCAUCUUUAAGGAGAUGGCAGAUUUGAAUAAUGCCCUUGGGGAAAAGUACAAGGUGCAGAGCUACAUCCGCGCCUUGAAUAGCCUCAAGACGAACCUCGACCUGCCGUUGCGGACGGUGGAGGACCUGGAAAGGUUUCCCGGUUUUGGCUCCAAGCUGCUGAAGAAGGCGGAGGAGAUCAUCAUGACGGGCAAGCUGGAGGAACUUGAGAAGAAGACAAAACCGAAACUCAAGGCGAUUCAGGAGCUUACACAAGUGCAUGGCUUCGGUCCACGCGCAGCAGCUGCACUCUUUGAUCGAGAGGGCAUAUUUACCGUGGAGGAACUCAUAGAGAAGGCCGAUCGUAUUCAGUUGACAGACCAGCAGCGCGUGGGCGUAAAAUACUUCCACGAUAUCAAUGAGAAGAUUCCUAUGCAUGAGUCCGUCUUGCAUGAAAAUUUCCUCCGCGAAAGUGUGCAGGCUCGGCUCACCUCCGAUUAUGAAAUUCAAGUGUGCGGUAGCUAUCGUCGCCGGCAUCCGUUCAGCGGUGAUGUGGACGCCAUUCUUGCACGCACAUUAAGUGCCCCACCACUUGACUGCCCAGUGACGAACACCGGGGUCCUCGGUACGCUUGUGGAUUACCUUCAGGAGCGAAACUACCUCGAGGCAACAAUGGCACAGGGGCCACUCAAGUACAUGGGCAUGGGUCGUCUGCCUCCUCGCACAACAAAUGGGACGACAAAGCACUACAAGGCCCGUCGCGUGGAUAUUCGACUUAUUGAGGCCCGAUCGGUGCCUACUGCCCUUCUCACGUUUACCGGCAGCAAGAACUUUAAUGUGAUCAUGCGUCAAGCCGCCAUCAGUAAAGGAUACCUUCUGAACGAAUACGGCCUUUUUAAGCUUGGCAGCCCGGAGGAGGUGAAGGCGCUGCAGGAGCGGGUGCGGGCGAACAAAAUCGCGGGAACCAAAAACUCUCCCACGGACGCCGCCUCGGACCCUACUGUGGAGGAAGGCGUCGACCCUGUUGUGUCGGUUAUUAGUGGUCACUCGGCGAAGAUGGAGACGUUGGGGCUCACGAAGGAGGAGUUGGAGGUGAAGCGCGUGCACGUCACAUGUGAAAAGGAUGUGUUCGACGUCCUAGGCAUGCCGUUUGCGAAGCCGGAAAACCGCGACCCCUAA